CAUGGCCGAUAAGAAGGCCAAAAUUGUGCCAACACAAGCCGCAUAUACUCCACCAAAAUGGGCAGGUAAACCUUCAGCAGGAUUGCAUUUGGAUGUGACAAAAAAUGGCGCUGUUGUCGAGAAAUUGAUUAUUGAUCAGAAGCCUUACUAUCUAUUUGGUCGAAACAAUCUGUGUGAUUUUCCAUUGGACCAUACAUCAUGUUCUCGUGUUCAUUCAGCUUUAGUUUUUCACAAACAUCUCAAGAGACCUUUCUUAAUUGAUCUCAAGAGCACUCAUGGAACCUUCAUUGGAAACAUUCGUUUGGAGGGUGAGAAACCAACACAGCUUCCUGUGGAAAGUGUUAUUCAUUUUGGUGCAUCUACACGAACAUACACUUUACGCGAGAAACCUACAUUACCCAGCGCUUUACAAAACUCGCUUCAAAAUAAUGGUGAACAGACUGGGAACAAUGAGGAUAAUGAUGAAAACGAAGGGACCUCAGGGGGAUUUUUAGGGUUACCUGAAUCUGAUACAGAUCUCAAGGAUUUGACAGAUUUUAAUACUGCUCACAAAAGACUUUCAUCUAUAGCAAUCGAAGAAUCAACAUCAACCUUACCUAAACUGAAACGACGACGGGUAUCGCAUGGUAUUUCGUUUAAAGAUGGCUAUGAUAUCAUUAAUCCAGAGGAUGUCGACCCUUCAGUUGGGAAAUUUCGUAAUAUGGUUCAAACAACUAUUGUUCAAAUCAAGGAACCUCGUAACCUUAUGAAAACAGGCAGCAUGACAGAGACGAUUACUAAACGAAUGAACAACUUUGCUUAUAAAGAUGGAUUGUACUCAGACUUACCGUCUGUUUCCGAACAUGAUAAUGCUUUACAUCCGAUACAAAGCGGAAGUAGAGUCACCGCCGCACCGGAUGUCGAGGGACCUGAUUAUACUGACGUGGAUAGAACUGUACAUGAUCACACUUUAGCUCCUUCUUUCCCUCAAGAAGCCCCCAAGAAGAAAUAUGCCAAAGAAGCUUGGCCUGGAAAGAAACAUGGCGCUUCGCUUUUUAUGUAGAAAAAUAUGUCUUCGUUCUACCUGUUCGUAAUCGAUGACUUGGAGUCUCUAUCCCAGUUUCCCACGGUUAUUGUAACGGAAAUUUUUGAACAAUUGACAUGUAAAUCGCUCCCAACUCGCCUCAGCUAAAGAUCGGUUUCCACCAAGCGCAAGAGCUUUGUAUUGUUUCAAGGGUUUGAGCUUUAUUCAUGAAUCUGAGGAUAACAUUUUACAAGUUUUAUCUUGCCAUUUCCUUUGGAAGAUAUGACAAUUUAUGCAAGUAAACAUUCUCGGGUAUUCAAAAAAAGUGUUUUCGACGUACUAACUACUACAUCAUUCUGUUUACAUAACUUACAUAGAAAAAAACUGCUUGACAUGUUAAGAUCAACGUAUUAUUAUGUAAGAUACUGUAGCUACUAGAUAUGUUUGUGAAGCCUGUCUCAAUCAAACCAAUACUGGAGCGCAGAAGAAGAAACUUUAAUAAUGCCUGUUUCUCCCAAAAGAAAUCUUUCGAAUAGCCUUCCAUCUGUGUGAUUUUAUCAUCUUAAAAUCUUUAUUUUGCCUACCAAUAUUUUCCAAUGUCGGCUAGUCUAAAUAUUUCAAUCAAUGUAACGACAUUAAGUUUCAAAAGCAACAAAUUUAAAUUUGCUUAUGUUCUUAAAUUUUUAUAACACAACCAAACUUGCCUGCUUGUUACACCAGUGGGGUGGUGGCAUAGUUUUUACUGCGGUGGCCAACACAAAUUUUGCGCCCUUUCACCUUUUCUUAUAGCUAUUUUCAAGUAUUUCAGUUAUUUUUAUUUUAUAAAACACAAACAUGAAUCUUCAUAAAAAAGAAAGUAACUUAAAAACCAAGUAUUAUCAAGCAAUUAUAUGUCUGUUACGUUA